GAUACAGAUAUAGAUUACUGGUUGUUGCCUAGUUUAUGAAUGACAAUAACAAGUGAACAAUGUAAAGCAGCCAAGAGAUACACGGCGACGGCGCCACACUGCUAGCUGGUCCAACGGGGAUGUCACUGGCUUCAUGUCCGUGCGGCACCAUCCACCGUCAAACAAGUCCAAUCAUUUAUUUUAUUAUAUCAGCAUCUGAAUGUUAUAGUUUGUCCCGCCCUCGCUCACUUUGCACGGCCAACUGGAGUAGAUCAUUAGCCCCUUCAAUUCCAUCGUCUCUUGCAGGGCUCGAACGUUCACAAUGGCCUUCCAGUCCCAGGCGUGCAGCCUCCCGAUCCACACCGCGCCCUCCCCCAACGCCAAGCCCCUGGACGACGACGACCUCCGCCUGCGCAGACGCCGCCGCCGCUGCCGUUGCAUCUGCGCCCUGGUCACCCUCGGCGUGCUCCUGCUGCUGGGCGUGACCCUCCUGGUCCUCUUCCUCACCGUGCUCCGCGUGCGCGACCCCAGCACGCGCGUGCUCUCCGCGCGCUUCGUCGGCCCCGUCCCCAGCCUCGCCCAGCCCAACUUCACGGUGCAGCUCACCGCGGCCGUGCACAACCCCAACCGGGUCUCCUUCUCCUACGCCUCCGGCACCGCCGAGCUCUGGUACCGGGGCACCCACGUCGGGGACGCCCAGGUCGGCCCCGGCUGCAUCCCUGGCAGGGGGGACGAGACCGUGCAGCUGGACAUGACGGUGCUCACCGCCAGCUUCACCAAGGACAUGGCGCAGCUGAUCAAGGACAUCGAGGCUGGGACGCUGCCGCUGGACGCGAGCGCGAGGAUCCAGGGGAGGGUGGCCAUCUUCGGCGUGUUCAAGCUCAGCGUCGUGGCCUACUCCGACUGCCACGUCGUCGUCGGAUUCCCGAACAUGGACAUCCGAAGCCAGGAGUGCCACGACCACGCUAAGCUCUGAUCGGCCGGCUUGGCUGUUUGUUCGUUUUAUGGAGAGCGUGAUCAAUGGUUUGGAAGUUAUGGGAGUUCUCUAUAGCGUUGAUUAAUUGUUGUUAUGUCUUGGUCUCAUCGUAUACAAAAGAAAAAGAUUGUUGUUAUGUCUUGGUCUCAUCGUGUACAAAAGGAUCAUGUUUGUUAAAGUCAAGUGUUUGAAAACCACCACGAAGCAAUUUUUGUACAACUACAAUAGCUAUAUGUAAGUUGAUUGAAUUUGCAA